AUGGAGCUGGAGCACUUUGACGAGCGGGAGAAAGCCCAGAGAAAUACCCGAAGAGGCUCCAGGAACAACGGGCUGCCGAGCCCCACUCACAGCGCCCACUGUAGUCUGUACAGGACCCGGACCCUGCAGUCUCUAGCCUCGGAGAAGAAGGCCAAGAAGGUCCGCUUUUAUCGCAAUGGAGACCGCUACUUCAAAGGGAUUGUCUACGCUAUUUCCCAGGACAGGUUCCGGUCUAUAGAUGCCCUUUUGGCUGAUCUGACCCGCUCCCUGUCAGAUAAUGUGAACCUGCCCCAGGGGGUCCGGACCAUCUACUCUAUUGACGGGACCAAGAGAAUAUCCGGCAUGGAGCAGCUGGAGGAAGGAGAGAGCUAUGUGUGUGGCUCCAUAGAGUCAUACAAGAAGCUGGACUACACUAAGAAUGUCAACCCCAACUGGUCAGUUGGGGUGAAGACAGCUGCGGCUGCCUCUGCACGUGGCCCCCCAUCCCUGGGCAGUGCCAAGGCUGGGGCCCCGGAGACCAGGGAGAGUAAGGACUUCAUUCGGCCCAAACUGGUCACCAUCAUCCGCAGCGGGGUGAAGCCUCGUAAGGCCAUCCGCAUCCUCCUCAACAAGAAGACUGCCCACUCCUUUGAACAGGUUCUCUCUGACAUCACAGACGCCAUCAAGCUGGACUCUGGGGUUGUCAAGAGUCUGUACACCGUGGACGGGAAGCUGGUGACAUGCCUUCAGGACUUCUUUGGUGAUGACGACAUCUUUAUGGCCUGUGGUCCAGAGAAGUUUCGCUACCAAGAUGACUUCCUCUUAGAUGAGAGUGAGUGUAGGGUGGUGAAGUCGACGUCAUACGGUCGGAUCUCCUCUCUGCUGGGACGCUACUCACCCAGAGGAGGAGGCUCACCCAGAGGAGGAGGCUCACGCCGAAGCUCAGGCUCAGCCAAUGGGACAGUAGGCAGUCAGCUGUCGACUCCUCGAUCUGGGAAGUCCUCCAGCCCCUCUCCUACCAGUCCUGCCAGCCUCCGACGACACAGGGGGUCCCAACACAGUGGCUCAUCCCUGUCUCUAGCCUCCACCAAGGUGUGUAGCUCCAUGGAUGAGGGAGACGGAGCAGGAAGUGAAGCGGAGCUGAACCUGCUGAGUGAUGAAUGUCCCUCCGUCCCUCCGUCCAUCGCUGAGAGGUACAAGGUGGGGAGGACUUUAGGUGACGGCACCUUUGCUGUUGUCAGAGAGUGUGUGGAGAGAUGUACGGGCAGAGAAUACGCCCUGAAGAUCAUCAACAAAGUCAAAUGUAGGGGAAAGGAACACAUGAUCCAGAACGAGGUCUCCAUCCUCCGUCGUGUCAAACAUCCCAACAUUGUCCUGCUGAUCGAGGAAAUGGACACCUACAGCGAGCUUUACCUGGUCAUGGAGCUGGUCAAGGGGGGUGACCUAUUUGAUUCCAUCACCUCCUCUAAUAAAUACACAGAGAGAGAUGCAAGUGGAAUGAUAUAUAACCUGGCCAGUGCCAUCAAGUACCUGCACAGCCUCAACAUCGUACACAGAGACAUCAAACCUGAGAACCUGCUGGUGUAUGAGCACCAGGAUGGUAGUAAGUCUCUGAAGUUGGGAGACUUUGGCUUGGCUAGCCUGGUGGAUGGACUCCUCUACCUGGUCUGUGGCACCCCCACCUAUGUAGCACCUGAGAUCAUCGCUGAGACAGGGUACGGGCUGAAGGUUGAUAUCUGGGCAGCUGGAGUGAUCACAUACAUCCUGCUGUGUGGCUUCCCUCCCUUCAGUGGGAGCAGUGAGGACCAGGAGAUUCUGUUGGACCAGAUUCUAACGGGACAACUAGACUUCCCUUCACCGUCCUGGGACAACGUGUCUGUCACUGCUAAGGAGCUGAUCACAGGGAUGCUGCAGAUGAAAGUGGAACAGAGAUACACAGCUCUGCAGGUUCUGGAUCACCCCUGGGUCAAUGAUGAUGGGCGAUUAGUGAACGACCAGCAGCUGUCUGUGGCUGGGAAGAUUAAGAAACACUUCAACACUGGUCCUAAAGCCUGCAGCACCACUGCUGGAGUGUCUGUUAUCAGAACCACCCCUCUUGAUAAGGAGCGGCAGGUUUUCAGACUAAGACACCAGCAGGGUGUGAGGUUGAAGUCCCUCCCCCGCCUCCAGCCCCAUCCCCAACCAACUGGCUUCCCCACUAGCGCCAGCCAAAGCUCCAACAACCCUGCCCUUUCUCCCGCUGAUUUCACUUCAGAGUCAGAAGAUUAUUCCCCCAGCCCCUCCCCCACCUCCCCUAGCUCCGCUGACACCGUCCGCUCCCCCACCUCCCCCUUCUAG